UCACCUGUAAAAAAGCGUACGCGUCUUAAUUUGGGGCAUUUAUCGAUCUCAGAAAAGCAGUUCAUACUCGACUUAUAUAAACAGAUGUUAAAUGAUGACCCUGGCACAAAGAUGGUUACCAUUGUUGCAAAAAUUGAUGAAGGCGCAGGAAUUGCAAAAUCCACGGUUGACCGAACAAUAAAGGAGUAUAAGAAAACGGGAGCUGUAACACCUUCUAAACGUUCGGGGGGUCGCCCACCUUUGGUAUCGCAAUUUGACGAAAGCAUAAAAUCAUCAGUUCGUCAAAUUAUUCACAACUUUUUCUACCUCAAUGAACUUCCCACGUUGGACAAAAUCAAUAGUCGUGAAGAAUGUGUCCUUCAUCUACUUGAACGUGACGACAUAAUAAGAUGGAGACGAAAGCAUUUAAAAUCUAUUAAACAAUAUAGGAACCAAGGACGAGUCAUAUAUUACUUAGAUGAAACAUGGUUAAAUGAAGGCCAUACAAAACAGUGUGGGCUGAUGAUAACGUUCGUACUCGACGACAAGCGUUUGAGGAAGGAUUGUCUACCGGUUUAAAAAAUCCUUCUGGAAAAGGGAAACGUCUCAUUAUUUUACAUGUUGGCUCUGAAAACAGUUUCGUAAACGAGGGUCUACUACUUU